AUGCUCAAGAUUAUCAUAGCCACGCUGCUCGCAGCUUCUGCUGUGACAGCGGCAGCCCUCUCGAACCCCUUCGCGCAGACCGACCUUCCUAACCUCUUCAAGAAGGAUGGCCCGACCGACGUAUUCGUGGGACACUUCGACCAGCAUCGUGUCGGAACCGAUCUCUACAUGCAGACCCACAUCGCGGCAAUCUACCCCAACCGCACCCUCACCAUCACCCAAGACCGCAACUUCCAGCUCUUGAGCUACGCCGCGAAUGCCCCUUCUGGCACGAUCAUGGUCCGUCAGAUGGAUGAUGUUGAGGCCAUCAAGCGGACGAUCUAUAUGCCCUCGCCAAGGAGGAGGGAUGGUGACGGGUCCGUGGCGGAUGGGAUCAUAUUUGCUGGGUAUGAGGUCGCCUGGGGCGAGCAUGAGUUUGUGGCUAUUGUCGGAACGUGGACCGAGGGGUACAACACCAUCACCCAAUGGCAUAUCAUUGGGGACAGCGAGCAGGCAGCUCAUCAGCUCAUUCACGAUUGCGGUGCUUUCACGUCGACCGUCAGGGACGCAGUGUGGGUCUUUGAGCAGAGCUACUGGAAGCCGGACUAUGACCUGUGGAAGUCCAUCCAGAAGGCAUCAUGGGAUGACGUCGUACUCGAAGACACCCUCAAGAAGGCCAUCCAGAAUGACUAUCGCUCAUUCUUCAAGUCUGAGGAGGUAUACAAGCACCUCGACGUACCUUGGAAGCGGGGACUGAUCUUCCUUGGUCCUCCGGGGAACGGCAAGACGAUUAGCUUGAAGGCGAUCAUGAAGGAGGUCAAAGUGCCGCUUCUUUACGUCAAGUCUUUCCACAGCAUCCGUAUGGUCUUUAGUCACGCUCGCGCCUUUGCACCUUGCGUGCUCGUGUUGGAAGACCUCGACUCGCUUAUCACCGACCAGAACAGGGCAUUCUUCCUGAACGAGGUGGAUGGGCUCGAGGACAAUGAUGGCCUGCUACUGAUCGGCUCGACCAACCACUUUGACCGCCUCGAUCCAGCUCUCUCUAGCAGGCCGUCCCGAUUCGACCGCAAGUACUCAUUCCCGAACCCCAGCAAAGCCGAGCGCCGGGCGUACGCCGUAUACUGGCAAGACAAGCUGGCGUACAACAAGGAACUCAAGUUCCCCGACGAGCUACUGAACGCGUUUGCGGAGAAGACGAGCAAGUUCUCGUUUGCGUACAUGAAGGAGGCAUUCAUCUCCACCCUCCUCAUCAUCGCCGGCCAGGAACCUAACGAGAAGAUCCACUUUGGCGCCACUCUUCUCGAGCAGAUCAAGAAGCUUCGACAGCAGAUUGAGGAGGGCGAGGAGGCUAUGCUGGCCGCCAUGUUUGGGAUGGGAGAGGCGGGUGGCGCUAAGCGGCAGGAGACGGGGUGGGCGAGGGACGACCAGGCUGAAGAGGCGAUGCGGGGUGAUUGGGUCGGAAGUGGGAUGGGAAGGGGCGGGGUGAUGGUCGCUGCUGGACAGAAGGUGUUUGGGGCUGGAGCUUAG